AUGUUACCAGACCUGGAACAUGUCUCAACACAGGUUCUGAUUGAUGCCCUCAUGAGAUUGCGGGCAUCACCAUCAAGUGAAUAUACCCCGUUUGUAAAGAACAAGUUCCAGAGAACUAUUCAUAUUGUCAAGUAUCUGCUUAAACAUCGACAACAUCCUCUCAAUCCCCUAAUUUAUGAGAGCAUGAUGUCUGCUAUGGCUUAUCCUGAUGGUUCGAGCCAAGGAGUACGCAGAUUAUUAGAAGAUAUACGCGAGCAAAACGUUCCGCUCACUGCGGACAUGUGCUAUCUUGCUCUUCAAGCUCUCACUGUUCACCCCGAACAUUUACUGCGAGAGAAGGUUGUGAAACUUUUGGAUGACUAUUGGUUCGAGCUCACCCAACCUGCCAAACAGAAUAUUGCUCUGGCAAUGCUUCGAGAGGGUCAACACGAACUGGCUAUGGAUAAGCUCAACGAACUGUUGGAUGGCCCCGACCAGGUCGACCUUUGGGUCUAUGACAUUUUUAUUCUGGAGCUCGGCAGAGUGGGCUUUGAAGACGAUAUGCUUCGUCUGCUGAAGAAAAGGAAGCAUGCUCGGGGUACCGAUGCCCCUUUCAGAAAUAUUCAGCUGAUGGCUUUGGACAUGUUCAGUCAAGCAUUCCAUUACGCUGGAACACUCUAUUUAUGGGAUGAAGUUGUCAAAACUUCAAUUCACAACCCAUCUAAUGGUACCCUUGAAAAUAUCCUGGCGACCGCCGCGAGACACGGCGACACCGAGCUGGCCAGCCAAGCUCUCGCGAAGCUGUCGAGUCGUGGAAAGCUCUCCCAGCAUCACCACGAUGCUGUCAUCGAGGGUUAUGCCAACGCUGAGGACAUUGUAGACGCGUUUUCUGCGUUGAACGUGUUACAGAAAACUGGGUGGCUCGAGGACCAAGGAACUACGCGGCCUCUCUACAGGGCUUUACUCAGGAACCGGGAUCUCAUUGACACUGCAGCCUCCACCAUAGAGACUAUGCACAAGGAGGGUCCUGUGCCUUUGGACGCGGUCAUGGUUACAGUCGAGGCCAUGGCUAAAACCCGAACUUCAGAGUCUGCCAUGCCACUCUUUCGCAAUGCAUACCUCCUUAGCGGCAGAAGUCCCCGGUUCAGCAAUAUUGGGCAUCUAGUCAAGCACAGCGUCAAAACGGAAACAAAGUAUGAGCUUGCAAAGAUGUGCUACGUUGAACUGUCCAAAACCAAGAUCCCAACCACGUCGACGACAGAAAGCGACCAAACUGCUACGCCCAAUGAGCCCCUGUCUGAUGAAACUACUUCUGAAAAAGAAACCCACACGGAAACUGCAGCUCCCAAGACAUGGCUGGAGCGUGAGAAUGCAAUGGCGGCACUCAACGUGAUAAUACCAGUCUGCGCAGAGGUAGGCGACUUUGAGCUAGCGUUUAAGCUUAUUGGAUAUGCCAAGGCUGCAGUACCGCAAUACAUCCAGCUCGAAGGUGGUGGAAGAAGGCCCGACUCAACACUAUGGCGAUCUUCUGAAUGGGUCGAACCAUUCGUCAAGAUGGCUCUGGAUGCGGAGGAUUCUAGGGUGUGGGAUAUCAUAGACGAACUGGACCAGGGUACCGACGCCCCAGCUUUGAUGAUACACAAGGAACUUCAAAGACGACGCAUCAAGAAGCGUGCCGGGCAGCGGGGAGCUUGGUGA